AUGGGAAGGAAAGCACAAAGAGAGAUUGGAGGGAGAAGGCUGAUGUCGGUGAGGACAUUCGUAAGGGAGCAGACGACGAUAGAGACUGACAGGAGAUGGGCCUUCGCAAUGGGGAAGGCCAACGUCAGUGAAAGCAUCCUUGAGGAGGAAUGCAACGGUGGAGACUGGGGGAAGUCAAAUGGUGAGGCUGAAGUAACCAAUAGAACUAUUCUUCAAGGUUUGAAGACAGGGCUUACUGAUGCAAAAAGAUUGUGGGCUGAAGAGUUGCAGAGUGUACUAUGGGCAUAUCGAACUACGUAUCGAAUUCCAACAGGAGAAACUCCUUUCAGACUCACUUAUGGGAUUGAAGUUAUGAUUCCAGUAGAGAUUGACUUAAUUAUCUAA